CACAGAGCCCAAGAUGACGUCUCCAAAUGUCUGGUCUGACCAAAAGUCCAAAACCCAAAGAUAUUCAAUAUAUCAUUAUCAAAAUAGUUGCCGAUUUUUUCCUCCUGCAGAUCGACUAAUAGAUUAAUCGACUAAUUGCUUCAGCUCUUUAUCAUAUAGCAAAACCCUAGCUUCAAAUAUGAUGCCAUUAUUUUCAAGACCUGCCUUUGAAACGUUAAAUAGUUUUGCAGGUUUUUUAGACUGAUGAUUGGUCUCUUUUGAACUCUGUCAGAUAAUGGUGGCUUGAAAACUUGUAAAUGAAAACCCACUUUAGCUGAUAAAUGCAAAAAAACAAAAAAGCCUCUGGUCGCUGAAGGGUUAAACGUCAUCUGGUAGUAGGAAGUGGGUGGUAAGAGCUGAGGAUGGAGCGAAGCCUGUGUUGCAACCACAGAUCAUUUUUCACGAUAAAAGCAACGUUACACCAGAGAAGAACAAGGUGAACACAUCAUAUACAUGCGACAGCACCGAGAACGGACAAAUCUGCCAACCAGAGGACGAAAACGUGAAGUUAUCAACCUGCUUUCAGUGGCGGUGUGUGUGUGUGUGUCGUUCACCAGAAGCAACGUAUAGUCACAUUCAUUGAUCUCGCCUUUUUUUAAUGCACAGAAGCUCUGACCGUGUGGAUGUGUCACAUAAUCCAGAUUUGUAGUUGUGUAGCAUUGUGCAUGCACUGGUGCCUUCUCAGCACAUAGACUGUGUUUGAGUGUGGCCGUCUGUGGACUCCUGUAACAUGUAGCGGAUUGCUGCGGCGGAGUGGUUUGCAGACCCACAGAGGAUCGUUGAGAUAAAAGCAUUUAUUUAAGGAUGACAGUUAGUUGAAUUGAUUUCGGCUGUUGUUGGUGCAAUGAGCUAAUUGUAGCCUAGUUUUAAGAUUUAGUUUUGAGCUGUGACUAGCACCGGAUGAUCUCGGGGUGAAGGUGUGUGCAAACUUGUUUGGUUUAUCUAAUCUGUGGUGUGAUAAGCUUCGGGCUGACAGUCUUCGGGGCUGUUCUUCUCUCUCUCUCAGCUGGACUCCAGUUCACGCAGUGCACGCUCGUCUCAGCGUGUAGCCUCUCGCUUAUUCAGCAGUUCACAGAGCAGCCUAGUCAGUAGUGUCUUUCAGUCUCUGCCAGCAAGGGAUGUCGGCUGAGGUCGAGCACAAGAGCGGCACUUUUUUAUACUUUGGUCAUAUUUGAUAGUGUAGUUUUUUUUUUUUUUUUUGGUUGUAACGCGACAGAAGAUAAAGCUUAUAUCUCCGUGUUUCCCGCAUGCUAUUGUUUGCCACACGAACACCAAUUGGUGCUCAGAAAAUGAGCGGAUAUUACCUGCUUUUUGCUGGUGAAUGAUGUUAAAAGCAGCUCCGCCAAGCAUUUCGAUUUAGUAUUGAAUUGACAAGCCACGCGAGAGUGGGGAAACCACAGGAGCCACGAGACCCUCUGACAGGUGUGAACCCGGACACGCGCCAUGGAUGAUUCUGGGAUCAUCCGAAGACGGAGGCUGCAGGAACAACUGAAGAGAGAUGGGGAAUGCGGGAGAGUGAGAGGGGAUGACAUGCAGCAAAGGGCUGCGGGCUGGACUCAAACCCGGACCGCUGCGGCAAGGACUCAGCCCCGCUCCACCAGGGUGCCCCAGGACAGAAAAGAAGGAUCUACCUCUGCCCCGAAAAAGUAGCAGUUGCAGAACCAGUAACCGGAAAAGCCUCAUCCUGACCAGUACGUCCCCCACCUUGCCACGGCCUCACUCUCCACUGCCUGGACACAUAGGAAGCAGUCCGUUAGACAGCCCGCGCAACUUCUCACCAAGCGGACCUGCCCACUUUUCCUUCGCCUCUUCUCGCAGGGCUGAUGGUCGUAGAUGGUCCUUAGCUUCUCUGCCUUCCUCAGGAUAUGGCACCAAUACACCCAGUUCAACGUCAUCCAGCUCAUCCCAGGAACGUCUGCACCAGCUGCCCUUCCAGCCGACCAUGGACGAGUUGCACUUCCUGUCCAAGCACUUUGGGAGCACCGAGAGCAUUACGGACGAUGACGGGGGCCGACGCUCGCCACACGUCCGCCCUCGCUCUCGAAGCCUCAGCCCGGGGCGCUCUCCAUCCUGCUAUGACAAUGAAAUAGUGAUGAUGAACCAUGUCUACAAGGAGCGCUUCCCCAAGGCCACAGCUCAGAUGGAGGAGAGGCUGGCAGAGUUCAUCCACAACUACUCCCCAGAGAGUGUUCUGCCACUGGCCGAUGGGGUCCUCAGCUUCAUCCACCACCAGGUAGCGGAGCUGUCCAGGGACUGCCUGACCAAAUCACGCGAGGGCCUCAUUACGAGCGUCUACUUCUGUGAAUUGCAGGAGAACCUGGAGAAGCUGCUCAAUGACGCUUAUGAGCGCUCAGAGAGUUCGGAGCUCACCUUCGUCAUUGAGCUGGUGAAAAAGCUCUUCAUCAUCAUAUCUCGUCCAGCCAGGCUCCUCGAGUGUUUGGAGUUCAACCCUGAAGAGUUUUACCAUCUGCUGGAGGCAGCGGAGGACCAUGCCAAGCAGGGACAACUGAUGAAGGCAGACAUCCCUCGAUACAUCAUCGGCCAGUUAGGGCUGACCAGAGACCCACUGGAGGAAAUCGUGAGCCUUGACAGCUAUGACAGUGAGGGUCCACAUACUCCAGAGACCGAUGACUCAGCAGAGGGAAAGGGGAGAGCCAUCAAGCCUCCGAGUGAAGAAGAUUUUCAGAGCAUCAAACUUAUCAGCAACGGAGCUUAUGGCGCUGUCUACCUGGUGCGCCACAGGGAGACACGUCAGCGUUUUGCCAUGAAGAAGAUCAACAAGCAGAAUCUGAUCCUAAGGAACCAGAUCGAGCAGGCGUUCGUAGAGAGGGACAUCCUCACCUUCGCAGAGAACCCGUUUGUCGUCUCCAUGUUCUGCUCCUUUGAAACACGGAGACAUCUGUGCAUGGUCAUGGAAUAUGUUGAGGGUGGUGAUUGUGCCACUUUGCUGAAGAACAUUGGGGCUCUGCCUGUGGAGCUGGCGAGGAUGUACUUUGCAGAGACUGUUUUAGCUCUGGAAUACCUGCACAACUAUGGCAUUGUCCAUAGAGACCUCAAACCUGACAAUCUACUGAUCACCUCCAUGGGACACAUCAAGCUCACAGACUUUGGAUUGUCGAAGAUGGGUCUAAUGAGCCUCACCACCAACCUGUAUGAGGGACACAUUGAGAAAGAUGCCAGAGAGUUCCUGGAUAAGCAGGUAUGUGGUACUCCAGAGUACAUCGCUCCAGAGGUGAUUCUUCGUCAGGGUUAUGGAAAACCGGUGGAUUGGUGGGCCAUGGGCAUCAUCCUCUAUGAGUUCCUGGUGGGCUGUGUGCCAUUCUUUGGAGACACUCCGGAGCAGCUGUUUGGACAGGUCAUCACAGAUGAUAUAGUUUGGCCAGAAGGUGAUGACGCCUUGCCUGCAGAUGCACAGGACCUCAUCUCUGCCCUGUUGCAGACCAACCCUCUUGUGAGGUUGGGUACAGGUGGAGCGUUUGAGGUGAAGCAGCACUCGUUCUUCACAGAGCUGGACUGGAACAGUUUGCUGAGACAGAAGGCAGAGUUCAUCCCUCACCUGGAGUCAGAGGAGGACACCAGCUACUUUGAUACCCGCUCGGAUCGUUAUCAUCACAUCAAUACGUACGACGAGGAUGACACCAAUGACGAUGAGCCUGUAGAGAUCAGACAGUUCUCUUCCUGUUCUCCUCGCUUCAGCAAGGUAUACAGCAGCAUGGAGCAUCUGUCUCAGCUGGAGCAGAAAGCUACGACCUCUGUGUCCCGUCGGGAGCACAAGGGCCCACGGGAGGACAAGGUGACCAAGAGAGAGAGCCUGGGCAGCUUCAGCAUGAGAGACAAGAGCUGGAGGACUGGGUCCCCUGAGAUGAAGCGCCUGUCUUGUUCAGAGUCCCUCUACAUGGACGGGGAUGCAAGCCCUCCCCUUGGUGCUCGCCGACGCUUCUCAGCACUGAUGGAUACACAUCGUUUUGCCUCACCCGUAGACGGUGAGCCAGACUUCCUGUCUCGCCAGGUGCCCAUCAAGGUCCGUGGAACCUCACUGGAUGGGACCAGUGUCCCCUCACCGAGUCUCCUGGAGCAGAGGAACAGUCUGAAAGAGAUCAACGGAGCAGACAAAUCGCCUAGACAUGGAGAGACACCGGGAGUUACCAUGGCCAUCACAACAUUAUCCCCAGGUCCUGCAGCAGCCAGUCGUGAUGUGAUGACUCCUCUGUAUGAUCCUCUUGGGCCCCGGGCCACCAAUGACCUGGUCCUCCGCAGGGCGCGCCAUCAGCAUUUAUCUGGUGAUGGAGAGAAACGCAACUCCAGACCCGGAAACAAGGUCAUCAAAUCAGCCUCAGCCACAGCCCUGUCUGUCAUCAUACCAUCAGUGGAGCAGCAUGGCGGCUUUUCUCCGCUGGCCAGCCCCAUGUCUCCCCACUCUUUCUCCUCCAACCCCUCAUCCCGUGACUCUUCACCCAGCAGAGACUUCUGCCCGGCAGUCAGCGUGCUGCGCUCUCCCAUCACCAUCCAUCGCUCUGGAAAGAAGUACGGCUUUACUCUCAGGGCCAUCAGGGUCUACAUUGGAGACAGUGAUAUCUACAGCGUGCAUCACAUUGUUUGGCAUGUGGAGGAUGGCGGGCCCGCCCAGGAAGCUGGCCUGUGUGCCGGGGACCUCAUCACCCACGUCAACGGGGAGCCUGUCCAUGGUCUGGUCCACACUGAAGUGGUAGAGCUCAUCCUCAAGAGUGGAAACAAAGUGACGGUGACAACCACGCCUUUUGAGAACACCUCCAUUAAAGUGGGUCCUGCCCGCAAGGCUAGCUAUAAGUGUAAGAUGGCCCGACGAAACAAGAGGACCAUGGGCAAGGACGGCCAGGACAGUAAGAAACGCAACUCCUUGUUCCGUAAGAUCACAAAGCAGUCCAAUCUACUGCACACCAGCCGCAGCCUCUCCUCUUUGAAUCGCUCCCUGUCCUCCAGUGAGAGUCUUCCUGGCUCCCCAACUCACAGCUUGUCUGCCCGGUCCCCGACUCAGGGCUACCGCUCCACCCCUGAGCCCUCAUUCCUGGGUGCUUCCUCCCAGAGCAGCUCUCCAGCCUCUAGCACUCCAAACUCCCCCGCUCCCUCUCAGCACAUGAGGCCCAGCUCCCUGCACGGCCUCUCCCCUAAACUCCACCGCCAGUAUCGCUCUGCCCGUUGUAAGUCUGCCGGUAACAUCCCCCUGUCCCCGCUGGCCCACACACCCUCCCCUACCCAGUCUUCGCCUCCACCCUUGUCAGGCCACACCGUGGGGAGCUCCAACACCACCCAGUCCUUCCCUGCCAAGCUCCACUCCUCGCCGCCUGUGGUUCGUCCCAGGCCCAAGAGUGCUGAACCCCCUCGAUCACCUCUUCUCAAAAGGGUGCAGUCAGCAGAGAAGCUGGGCUCGCCUCUGACCCAGUCCAGUUCUACCGGAGGCCUGGGGGGUCCGCUGAGGAAGCACAGCCUGGAGGUGCAGCACUCUGAGUACCGUAAGGACGCAUUCCUCUGCGAGCUCGGGCUUCAGAGCCUGCUGGAGACAGAAGGGGAAAAUUUGCCUCCUAAUCCUCCACCCCUGCCCUCAUCCUCUACUACCCCAGAGACUGGUGUCCUGAAGCCUGUGAGGAGACUAGGGAGACAGGAGUCACCGCUUAGCAGGGAAACGCUGCUGGCCGGGAGGGAGAGGGAAGAGAGGGAGAGAGGAAGAGAGAGGGAGAAAGAGAGGGAGACUGAUACAGGCACAGUCCUGGAGAGAUUGAGUCGGGUUGGAGCAACACUAUCCCAGACAUCCAUAACAAGAAGACCUCAUACAAGUGAGCUGCCCUUAAGCUCGCAGGCUGGCCCAAGCUCCAGACCAAGUGCAGAAACCACUAAAGCUACAACUCCUAGCACCACUACCAAAACAACAGGGAGUCUAGGUGGUCAGAGGGGGGCUGAAAAGAGUCCGGCAGACUUAACUCCAAAACAGCAAGACCACAAGGCAACCAAAAGUGUGUUCUCUAAUAGUAAAGAUCCCCAGGAGCAGCUAUGGGGCAGAACAGAACCAAAGCAGGAAGGAAACAACAAGAGUAGGCCUGGUUUACCAGGUGCUGCCUUUACCAAGAGCUCUGCUUCUACUCCAGAUAAAUCCAUCGGCAUCAACGCAACAGUGACAGCAGUUCCUCUGAGCAUGAAUAAAACCUUUAAACCAUCAGGUAUGGGGGACAGCCUGAGAACGGCUGGAGCAGAGAGCAGUGACUCGAGGACUCCAGACCUCGGCUCCAAAAGCCCCAAACUCCCAGCUCGUGUUCUCACUCCCGUCGUCCCCCCACAUGGGCAGCCGCUCUCGUUGGGCAAGGUGAGGCAGGGACUUGGGCCUGUCAACUGCUACCGGGGAACCCUUGACUGGGAGGACAAAUGUCGCCUGGAGGUGGUGGAGGAGCAUUCGCCUUCCCCCUCUCCCUCCCCGACUGCCGUCACCCCCUCCCUCUGCGGACCUUCCCUUUGUAAGUCGCGGCCUGUCUCCCCCGGCGAAAAGACAAGCUUCGUCAGCCAGCUGACCACUGUGGCCAAAAACGUCCUCGGGCCAAUCAAGCUUGGCUCCCAGGAGGGGGCCAAGAGCAAAGACCAGCAGACUAAGGCAGCGGAGGAGAAGCAGGGAGGCACAGCAGGAAAGUCUGAUACUCCUGCUGGAGGUCGAGCGAUUUUUGGGGCUGCAGUGGUGACCCAAAGUCCUGCUGGUUCACCGCUAGAGAAGGCUGCAACAGGUAGCAGCCCGCCCAAAAUGUGACCCCAUGGGGUCCCUAAAUGGGACAUGAGCUAAAAAAAAAAAAAAAGAUGCCUUUUUUGGAAGAACAAUGCAACAGGAGUUACGCACUUAAAAACAAUGUACAUUCCAGUUUCAGAGUAUAUAAAAUGUUAUAUAUUGAUUCCAAUCAUUGACUGAUUCUAACUUAAAACCAGGAGUAAAAUAAUCUACUGUAAAGGUGCAUUAUCUGUUGAUUUUCUAUUAUAAAGUAUUUAAUAAGAAGACUCUUAAUGUAAUGUGGAACACUUUAUCAGAUGUAUAUGUGUGUGGGUCUAUGUGAAUGCAUGACAUAUGGUAUGUACUGUACAUGUAUUAUAGGUACAAGAAGGUCAAAAAGUGCUUUACCGAUCAAAACAUGCUGAAUACUGUGAAUACCAAAUCCAGUCACUCUAUUUUGUCUUUCAACCAGCCCUUUCUUCUUUUACUGCUUAUCAAACAAGACAAAGAAACAGGUGGAUGAACUGAGGCACAGUUAAAUUGUAAUAUUUGCAUUAAACAACAUGAAUGACACGCAGCCUCAGCUUGGCUACAGUGGGUAAACAAGCAACAAGAUGAUUAAGCUCAUUUCAGCAGUUUACUGAGUUGUUGUGCAUGGUCAGACAAAGCCAAAGCAGGCAUUCUGUCAGUGGAUGUCACAUCAAGCUCUGUCUGUCUCAGGGGAUUGUGUGUGUGUGUGUGUGUGUGUGUGUGUGUGUGUGUGUGUGUGUGUGUGUGUGUGUGUGUGUGUGUGUGUGUGUGUGUGUGUGUGUGUGUGUGAAGCCACCUUGGGUCUAUUUCUGGAUUCUUGAAGGCUGUGUCCUGCUGCAGAGGAAAGCGGGGUUGACAGAGCUCAGGCUCAGCGCUUAUCUCCUCUUCGCAGGAGGGCUACCACAGCCCUUUUCUCCCUCUGCGUAUGACUGCAGCCUGCACAUAAACACACACACACACGCAAACACAUGCACACACACACUCACAUUGCCACAGUAGGCAGCAGUGUCAGCAGCUGAUUUUCAUGCAUUUAAAUCCCCACCCCUGUGGUCCAUGAAUUGGGAUGUGAGUGUGUUUGCGAAUGAGUGAGUUAAGGUGUGUGUGUGUGUGUGUCUUUUCAAGGGGUAAUUACACUCGGCACGGUUGACUCAGCAAGAGUCAUGACAGAAACCAAACUGGAAAUAAACAGACAGCAGAUAGGAUCCAGUAACAGUUACAUGCUCUGCUACUUUAUUAACAAAUCACACAGGCACAGUGAUGAUUACUUAUGUGGAUAUAGUAUGUAAAAAAUAAUUAUAAGCACAUAUACAGUGAACCCAUGUUGUUUUAAGCCUAAACAGGAAAAGCAGGCAGUAAUGGAUGUAGCAUACUGUAAUUUGUUAAAGGGCUCUUUAGCUAAGGUAGGGUUUGUGGAUGUGGGCAUGGUACAGUAUAUCACAAAGAACCUGUUACUGUAAAAACAAGGUUAUCUACAGUAUAAUUAGAAUGGCUGUGUUGUUAGGUACUGCAAGCUAGGUAGUCAAGAUUGAUUAAUGCUCACAUUUUGCUAUGUAACAUACUGAUAAAGGUGUUUGAGUCAAUAAUCUCAGCAAAUGUGCUGAGAAGGAUAAAAUGUUCACAGGAAAAACAACUUUCUCUUCUCCCACUGGUCUUAUUCAUGUCCUUUGUAGUUCAUUCUCAGUAACUAUCCAGUGUACAUAAUCUUAUGCAAACCAUUUACAGCUGUGUGUGAGGACUGCUGUCACUAUACUGCUACUAGUUGAUUUACAGUCUUGGGCAGAAAGAAGGGUUUUAACAAUUUAAUCCAUCUUUGAUUUGACUUGUUACAUAUCCCUUUGUGACAGUGAUUUGAUUAAAAUGACUUUGAUUCUUCUAAGCUCUACAAAUGUAAACUGAUUCAGCCAACAACAGCAACAUCACACCAAGGCAGAAGUUCAAAAACUGAAAUUUAUUUUCUAGUCCAAACUUUAGGCUCACAGUUUUAACUUGCUAAAUGUAAAUUUGCUCUCCAACUUUAGCUGUCAGCCGUUUUGCGUGAGGUACUUAGUGUACUGUUGUGCUGGGAGCGGUUGCUCGUUGUUUUACAUCAGCUGGCAGCAUUGUUGUUGGUUUUAUCAGUCUGAAAAAAAAAAACAAUGAGCUUGAAGUGGCUAAAAGCUAUGAAGAGCUACAAAGUAGGAAGUUGAUUUUUGUGGUAUCAGCAAAUACAAUCUUCUUACAUAAAAAGUCAUUAAUAUAAAAAAAUGUCUUAAUGCAUCUUUAAUGCAACCUAAAUUGAUUUUAAUCUAUUUAAACUUUUGGAAAGGGUUCUGUUAGCAAUACAUCCCCGACUCUAACAAUGUUUGAGGGUGUCCCAAUGAUUUUAAAGUCCCAUGCAGUACAUGCAUCAACCAGAGUUUUGUUUUUAUUUGGCAUUGUACUCUACUGCCCUCGAGUGGUUCAAAAUAUCCACUGUUAAACAUGUUUCCAUAAAAUGUUCAUUAACAACCCGUUAAGCCAAGACACCAAAAUACUGCAGAAUGGAUGUUAUUAGCCAUAGGGUUACUGAAUAUGCAUUUAUGUUUCUAAUGACAAAAUAUCUGCAGUAAUUAUCAAACACUUGAAACAUGAAUUUCUUCCUCUUCUGUUGUGUUCUUCACGUGACUGUUAAUUAUAUCUUCUGGAAUAGGGAUUAACAUUUUUUUAAAUAUACUGUCUUAUAUAUUCUACUCAUAGGAAGCAGUUCUUUUAUAUCUUGAUGUAAUAAAUCAGGUCAGCUCUGAUCACCUGAUUAAGAAAACUGACUGUAAUGUAAUCUUAUACAGCUAUUAUGCCCACUUUCAGGCCUUUCCCCAAUCAGUGGUGUCUAUACUAGUGUUACAUGUUUGAGAAUUUCUUUUUUCUUUUUGUGAUUGACAGAGAGCGUAGUAGAAAUGCACUUUAUUUGGAAGAAAAAUCUUUAUUUGCUGGUAUUGUUUGUAAGUUGCUUUGAAGAAAAUACACACAUAUAUAUAUAUAUAUAUAUAUAUAUAUAUAUAUACUCUGUAUACUCUGUAUACAAAUAUGGAUUCUACAAAUGAACACAAAAGUCCACGUAUAAAAACAUUCCACAUUUCGCUGUUCACUGAAAGUGUAUUUAUUUGUACCAUGGGGCAUUUUUGUUUGUGAUAGAUGUGAUUCAAAUGCAGACACCUGAAGUGCAGUAUGUGGAAUAAAAUUCUGAGAUUUGUUCCAAAACUAA